AUGCCAAUAUGGGAGCGUCUUCGAGGGGUCGCUAUCGGAGAUGCGUUUUCGGUUGAGGUUUUCGGUGGAGUGAUACGAGUUUGGCUCCAAGGACUCAGAUAUUGGCGGGAGGGGAAUUCGGAAGAACAGAAGGACGAAAAGGAUCGACAAUUUCCGAAUAUGGCUGGUAAGGUGACAGGGAUAAAAUAUAUCUGGGGUAGGGGUGUUGACUGAUAUUAUGAACUUUGAUCGGGUGCCCACAACAGCCUCCUGUCUUUCAUACAUUAGCACCACAGCCUUGCAGGAUAUAAAGGUCUUAUGUCCUGAGUUAGGACUUAUGCUAGUGUCCAAGGGCACUGGUUAUUGCCUCGCUGUGGGUUUCAGAGCGAGCAUGAUUUAGCCCAGAGGGGUCAGCUACUCGAGUACUUGCGCGUUUAGAUUAGCGGGCAUAUCCACAACAGUCUAGGAACUCUAUUGGCAGCGACCUCAGAUCUCUGUGUCUUUCAAAUGCUUCAGCAAUCGGAAUCCACUUUGUACGACACAGGGUCUAUGGUGCCGGCAGUGGGCGCGACACCCGUACACAAGAGAAGUGGGAAUACCGCAGUGAAGGGUUUCCGAAAGGAGGGCGAUUGGGAUGGUCGCUUUGAAGGUGAUCUUCUCACGCUGUACCCAAAACCCAGAGGAGCAUCUCCGUGCUUACCCUCAAAUCUCAUCGCCCGAGAGAGAAAUGUCCCCUUGAGCCGAGGCCAGGAAGUAGUCAGCAGACCCAUGAAACCGUUCACCGUCCCUUCCUACAUCGAAUUUGUGUUUCUCCCGGACGCUCGAUGGAAGGUUUGCUGCGGAACACCUUCCCAAGCACGGGAGACAACCGAUGCUCCCGGCGAAAAAACCCGUCGGCAAGAGAGCACAGCUGCGCCAAACAAUACUCAUAUCUGCCGUGUUGAAGUCAAAUUUAACGUUGCACAUCAGCCGUGA